AUCUACAAAUUAAAACAACCUUGGAGCAUGGUUGGAUGUGAUUUGAAGCAGAGUGUGUUCUGACAGAGUAAAGAGUGAGCUGCUUUAAGUGAUGGCAUUCAGGAUACAUUUGAAGGUUAAGCAACCCCAGAUCUGGGCUAAUCUGUUGUAAUCUGCUGUUACUAAAUGGAUGGCUACAUUCACAUUUGUAGCACACUGCACAUGAAUGCCUAGGAAUAAAGCCUUCACAUUUCUUCAUGUCAGUUCUUCUGGGAGGAAGCCAUGUAUCUGUUUAUUUGCUUCUACCUCCUAAUGAGUUUUUUUGAAGAAGUUCAUGGCUUUUGUCCUUCACAAUGCACUUGCGUUUACCAUGGCAGAAGUGAUGGCACUGGAACAAGAUCUGUACUCUGUAAUGACCCUGACAUGUAUGAGAUCCCUGUGAAUGUUCCUGUGGAUACUGUAAAACUGCGUAUAGAGAAAACUGUCAUACGAAGGAUUCCCACUGAAGCCUUUUACUACCUGGUAGAUCUCAAAUACCUGUGGGUCACUUACAACUGUGUAGCCAACAUUGAUAUCAGCAGCUUCUAUAACUUGAAACAGCUGCACGAGCUGAGGCUGGAUGGUAAUCUGCUUUCAACUUUCCCUUGGGAAUCCCUGGCCGAGAUGCCCAACUUACGGACUCUCGAUCUCCACAACAACAAGUUGACCAGCAUUCCUGCUGAUGCUGGCCGUUUCCUGAAAAACCUCACCUACCUGGACCUAUCCAGCAACAAGCUGACCACCUUGCCAUCAGACCUCAUGGACAUUUGGCCCCCCUUCUCAGGAGCUAUCGUGUCCAAGAACACAGACAUUCUGGUGACACAGAGAGUAAUCUUGGGUUUUCAGGAUAACCCAUGGUUCUGCGACUGUCGCAUUUCAAAACUUAUUGAAUUUUCCAAAAUUGUGGACACCUCCGUUGUACUUCUUGAUCCAUUGGUUUCAUGUAGUGGACCUGAGAGCCUGGCAGGAAUCUUGUUCCAGAGAGCUGAGUUAGAGCAGUGUCUUAAACCAUCUGUGAUGACCUCAGCAACAAAAAUCACCUCUCCGCUGGGCAGCAACGUCCUGCUACGCUGUGACGCCACGGGGUACCCAACACCACAGCUCACUUGGAAUAGGUCAGACAAUAUUCCAGUGAACUACACAGUAAUUCAAGAAAGUCCUGGAGAGGGUGUCAGGUGGUCCAUAAUGAGCUUGACAGGAAUUUCUUACAAGGACGCAGGAGAAUACAGAUGUAAAGCCAAGAACUUGGCAGGAAUGUCAGAAGCUGCUGUGACUGUCACAGUGGUUGGUGUAGUUACUACAACUGUGUCACCACAGAAGUUUGGGAGGAAGCCAGAGGCUGAGAGGCAGAAUACAACUCAGGAGGAAUCCAAGCAGGAACUCGAGAGGACAACCACACCUCUUCCCAUCACACCGACCACCACAGCUCUGGUGAGCACUGAAAGAUCAACCAGCAUGACUUUCACUGACAAAAAGCAAUCCAGGCUCAUGUUGGAUGGAAAGAAAGUUUCAAAGGCAGUGACAAAUGGAAGCAAAAAGCAGAUUGGAGAUUCAAGAAAGAAAGGUGAGGAUUCUUCAUUGAGCACAGCAGGUGUGACUGAGCAAAAUGUUACUGUGAAGAACCUAAGAGUGAUCAGUGAAUCUGAUGAAAGAGUGACCUUAACUUGGAAAAUGGUCAAUGCCACAGGCAAUUCCGCUGUGACUGUGUUAUACUCCAAGUAUGGUGAUAAAGAUAUGCUGCCUCUCAGCACUGAUUCUAACAAAAACAAAGUCACUAUCGAUGGUUUGCAACCUAGUACUCAAUAUAUGGCAUGUGUCUCACCCAAAGGCGUGCCGCCUACAAAAGAGCAGUGUGUUGUUUUCUCCACUGAUGGGUUAAAUGAUGAAAGCAGCUCUGAGUUUUCUAUUCUGAUAGUGGCCAGCAGUGCAGCAUGUGUGGUUGUUUUACCUUUGAUAUUUUUCUUACUCUACAAAGUUUUAAGACUUCAUUUGAAACCAAAGUCUGCAAAGGAAGCUGAACUUGCAAAAGAGACGUACGUGCAAUUUGAAACACUGUCUCUGAAGCCUCGAACACUGGGUGCAGGAGACCAGCUCUGGGCACGAAGGUACACGGAUGAGUCAGAAAGACUUCUCCUUUGCUCUAGGUCAAGCAUGGAUUCUCAAAUGACCUUCAAAAGUGAGGGCUCCAGGUCUGAGUAUCUGUGCUGAACAUGGGUGAGGGUGGAGAUGAAAUAAAUAAUAGGUACAAUUAAUUCAAAAUGGUGAUGCUGCAUCUGGACGCAGGUUGAUGCUAGAUGGUGGUCAGAACAAGUUAUCUGGUGUAAUAGAGUCUUACUGGAUGGUGGUGGGUAGGAGGGGGAAUUGAAGAAAAAUGUUGCCUGUUUAUUUUCUUAUAUUUUAUGUUUGUGAUUUUGGAUAUGAAGGAGUGAUGUUCUUCCAAAGAAAAAUACAGCAUGAAAUGGUUCUAUGGUUAAAGGUAUUUUUUGGUUUUAUUAAAACAUUGUUUUCUCUUCUCUCGUUUUACCACAUGAUGUGCUAGUGGCAUGUAUCAAGCAUGAAUCACAAUCUUCUUGAAACUGAUGUACUUCAACAGAAUAGGAAACAGUUUUAACUACUUCUAUUGUGAUCAAAACUUUAUUUGAAUAUACAAGCUUUCUUCUGACAUCAGCUUGUGCUUCGAGGUAUGAUAGAGCUGUUUGGGUUGAAGUAUUCUCAGGCCAGUCAAGACAGAAGCCACAGUUUAUGGGCCCUUGAGAGGUACAAUACACAUAGUAUUGUCAUUUUGCAGAUGUUAUUGCAAGGGCAAAGAAGUUUCUUUAGUGUCCUGAAGCUCAGGAAAGCUGAGUAACUGAGAGACUCUAGAUAAUUAUAUUAACUUACAUCAGAUUAUCUUGUUGCAGAAUCUCAGCCUUAGAAUUUACUUGGAUGUGUCUGUCUAUAUACCUCAGUUUCAGAAAUCUCUGUACAGAAAAUUCUGUGGUGCUGUGCAAUACAACACACACUCUUAUAUGUAAAUAUAGGACACAGAUGUUGCACAGUAUUAUGGACUACACUGCAGUAAUAUAAUACCUUUUGAUAUAAAGUAAGAGGAGUUUUUGUCCUCAGGGCAUUUUGGAUGUUAAGUUUAACAUAGUUUUAGCAUAGUGAAAGUUAUUUGUGAGUGUGCUUCCCAAUGUUUAAAAAUCAGGAAUUAAUAGUAACAAUGAAUUCAGAGUUGUCUGUUAAUGAUAAUAAUGAAUAGUCUAUUCUGAGGUUGCUUUUUUAAUGCCUGAAGUAAAUAAGAGAACUUUUAUUGUUCUAGGUUCAGAUAUUAUUUUCAAGUAUGUAUAAAUUGUGAGCCACAGUUUUUCCUGGAAAUUACAGCUGUGUUGUUUUCUUGGACCUUUCUAUGCCUAGGGGAACUGUUUGUUUUGAUAGGAAAUUGGGAAUUGACAUUUUUCAGAGGGAGAAAUAUUACUCAAAGCUACAAACUGAAGCUUAGCUUGUCAGCUUCAAAACAGUAGCAUUUCUCAUUGUCACUAUUGUAGGAUGAAAUUUUGCCUGCUGGAAUGCUGACAAGCUUAUCUUGUGAGGCAUAGCUUGAUGAGAGGUGUCAGAAAGCCUCUGAUACAGAAUCAUGGCAGGAAAUGAACACACUGAAAAAAUCUCUGUAGCACCUACACCAUGGUGUCCAGUGACCAGGAUUAGCAGAAAGAGUAUUUGAGACUAUGGGAGCUGUAAAAAAGAAGCAGGUGGGAUGUUCAAAAGUGCAAAUUAGCUUGCCUGCUUAGAAUUAUCCUUGGUGUUGCUUUCUGUGUUACAAGUAUGUGUGGUGAAAAAUCAGUCUUUCUUCUUUUUCCAUGAAUAAUUGUGAUUGCAAUGAAAAUUUUUUAUCUUUCUAAGCUAUUUUACUUUGGCAGGGUUUUUGUUUUUUGAAAUUUAGGAUUUUUUAGGGAAAAGAGAUUCUCUGUGUGUCAAAACCAAGGCUCAUCUGACACAUUAAUGACAAACCAGGUUUGUGCAGGACCUGAAGUGUUACAAUAUUUGCCUUC